AUUGGCGCGGAAUUUGUUUGUUGGGCUUCGCGCCUUUUCCUGACAGGAUUGUGGGCUCCGGUCUCAGCGCUCUGUCCGCUUGUCUGCUCCCUCCCCCCGGCCCGGUGCGACCCAUUCCCGUCUGAGCUGACCCGGUACCUGAGCCCCAGCGGCACCAUGCAUGUCAUUAAGCGAGAUGGGAGGCAGGAGCGCGUCAUGUUCGACAAGAUCACGUCACGGAUCCAGAAGUUGUGCUACGGGCUGAACUUGGAGUUUGUCGACCCAGCCCAAAUCACUAUGAAAGUCAUUCAGGGGCUUUAUAAUGGGGUCACAACUAUAGAACUGGACACAUUAGCAGCGGAGACAGCAGCCACCCUGACCACAAAGCACCCAGAUUAUGCCAUUCUGGCUGCCCGGAUAGCCGUCUCUAACUUGCACAAGGAAACCAAGAAAAUAUUUAGCGAUGUGAUGGAAGAUCUGUAUAACUACGUGAAUCCUCUCAAUGGCAAACACUCUCCCAUGGUCUCCAAGGAAACCCUUGACCUUGUGCUGGCAAAUAAAGACCGUCUCAACUCCUCUAUUAUUUAUGACCGUGACUUCUCCUACAACUUCUUUGGAUUUAAGACGCUGGAACGAUCUUACUUAUUAAAAAUUGAUGGAAAAGUGGCAGAGCGCCCACAGCACAUGCUGAUGAGGGUAUCCGUUGGCAUACAUAAAACAGACAUUGACGCCGCUAUCGAAACCUACAAUCUGUUGUCUGAAAAAUGGUUCACGCACGCUUCUCCCACACUGUUCAAUGCUGGUACCAACCGUCCACAGCUGUCCAGCUGUUUCCUGCUCUGUAUGAAAGACGACAGCAUCGAAGGGAUUUAUGACACGCUGAAGCAGUGCGCUCUGAUCUCAAAGUCUGCUGGGGGUAUUGGUGUUGCAGUCAGCUGUAUCCGAGCCACUGGCAGUUACAUUGCUGGGACAAAUGGCAACUCGAAUGGCCUUGUACCGAUGCUGAGAGUGUACAACAACACUGCGCGAUAUGUGGAUCAAGGAGGCAACAAGAGGCCUGGUGCAUUUGCCAUUUACCUGGAGCCGUGGCACUACGAUGUCUUUGAAUUCCUGGACCUAAAAAAGAACACUGGAAAGGAGGAGCAGAGAGCCAGGGAUCUGUUCUAUGCCAUGUGGAUACCAGAUCUCUUUAUGAAACGUGUAGAGAAUAAUCUGGAUUGGUCGUUAAUGUGUCCUCAUGAAUGUCCUGGCUUGGAAGAAGUGUGGGGAGACAAGUUUGAAGAGCUCUAUGAAAGAUAUGAGCAGGAAGGACGAGCCCGUAAGGUGGUGAAGGCCCAGCAGCUGUGGUACGCCAUUAUAGAGUCGCAGACGGAGACUGGCACUCCCUACAUGCUGUACAAGGAUGCCUGUAACCGCAAGAGCAAUCAGCAGAACCUGGGCACCAUUAAGUGCAGUAACCUGUGCACAGAGAUCGUGGAGUACACCAGUGACGACGAGGUUGCGGUCUGUAACUUGGCCUCUUUAGCCUUGAACAUGUACGUGACUCCAGAGCGCAGCUUUGACUUCAAGAAGUUGGCCGAUGUUACCAAAGUCAUUGUCCGAAAUUUGAACAAAAUUAUCGAAAUAAACUUUUAUCCUGUGCCCGAGGCCGAAUAUUCCAACAAGAGGCAUCGGCCAAUCGGGAUUGGAGUGCAGGGCUUGGCAGACGCCUUCAUCCUCAUGAGAUACCCGUUUGAGAGUGAGGAGGCUCAGCUGUUAAACAAGCAAAUAUUUGAGACCAUUUAUUACGCUGCGCUGGAAUCCAGCUGUGAGCUGGCCAAGGAGCUGGGUCCGUAUGAUACGUAUGAAGGGAGCCCCGUCAGUAAAGGGAUCCUACAGUACGACAUGUGGAAUGUAACUCCCACAGGUCUCUGGGACUGGGCUGCCUUGAAGGAGAAGAUUGCAAAAUACGGCGUCCGGAACAGUUUGCUUCUGGCUCCAAUGCCCACGGCUUCCACUGCACAAAUCCUGGGCAAUAAUGAGUCCAUUGAGCCAUAUACCAGCAAUAUAUACACACGCAGAGUCCUGUCUGGCGAGUUCCAGAUUGUGAACCCACAUUUAAUGAAAGACCUGACAGAGCGAGGGCUGUGGAACGAAGAAAUGAAAAAUCAGAUUAUUGCCAACAAUGGCUCCAUACAGAAUGUCCCAGACAUCCCUGCUGAUCUGAAAGAGCUGUACAAGACGGUGUGGGAAAUAUCUCAGAAGACGGUGAUUACAAUGGCGGCAGACAGAGGAGCGUUCAUCGACCAGAGCCAGUCACUGAACAUCCAUGUCGCAGAGCCAAACUACGGCAAACUCACCAGCAUGCACUUCUUUGGCUGGAAGCAGGGGCUGAAGACAGGAAUGUACUACCUGCGCACGCGGCCGGCUGCCAAUCCCAUCCAGUUCACACUCAAUAAGGAGAAGUUAAAGGAAAAGGAGCUGAUAUCCAAGGAGACUAUGGAGAAGGACAAGGAGGAGAAAGAGAAGAACAAGGCGGCCAUGGUUUGCUCGCUGGAGAACAGAGAUGAGUGCCUUAUGUGCGGCUCUUAGCGCGGGGGGGCCCGGGUGCAUCUGAAUAGAGACUGGAAAUCUUGUGCUUUUUCUCUGGGCCUGUUAGGCACUUCCCUGAGGGUAGCGGUUAUUCCUGGACUCUCCGGUGUUUCUAGGCUCCGAGACAGUUACAAGUCUGUGGCACCAACCACAUAUCUCAGAGAUUGAUUUGCCGGAGCUUUUGCCUCUUUUUUUCAGAAAAAAAUUAAAAUGGAAAAAAAAGCAAAUA